AUGUCCUAUCCUCAGGGUUAUCUCUACCAGCCUCCCGGCUCCUUGGCAAUCUACUCCUGUCCGGCAUACGGGGCCUCAGCGCUGGCCGCCCCGAGGAGCGAAGAUCUGGCCAGGUCCUCGUCCGGCUCCGCGUUCAGUCCUUACCCGGGAUCCGCUGCCUUCAGCGCCCAGACGGCCACUGGCUUCAGCAGCCCGCUGUCCUACUCUGGUGAUCCCGCUGGAUUCCCCUCCUACGUGGGUUCUCCAUACGAUGCACAUACCACUGGUAUGACAGGGGCAAUCAGCUAUCAUCCAUAUGGCAGCCCAGCUUAUCCCUACCAAUUAAAUGACCCAGCUUAUAGGAAAAAUGCUACUAGGGACGCUACAGCCACGUUAAAGGCCUGGCUGAAUGAACACAGGAAGAACCCUUAUCCCACCAAGGGCGAGAAGAUCAUGUUGGCCAUCAUCACCAAGAUGACCCUCACCCAGGUCUCCACGUGGUUUGCCAAUGCUAGGAGGAGGCUGAAAAAAGAGAACAAGAUGACCUGGGCACCUCGAAAUAAAAGUGAGGACGAGGACGACGAUGAUGGAGAUGGAGAAAGAGGCAAGGAAGAACAUCCUGAUAAGAUCCAGGAUAACAAUGAAACCUCAGCAGAGGAUGAAGGUAUUAGUUUGCACGUUGACUCCUUGACUGACCACUCUUGUUCUGCCGAGUCUGAUGGAGAAAAGUUGCCUUGCAGAGCUGGAGACCAUCUUUGUGAAUCAGGCACUGAAUCCAAGGACAAAUAUGAGGAUGAAGAUGACGAGGAAGAUUUGGAUGAAGAAAACAGGAGUCUCCCUCUCAAACCUGUGACCUCCUCACCCCUUACAGGCAUAGAGGCACCAAUACUUAACCACCAGCAUGAGGGGAGCCCCAGAUCCUCAAACAAAGCCAACUUGGACAAUAGGAUUUCUCCAACUUCUCAGACCCAGGCCAGCAAACCUAAACUUUGGUCCCUGGCUGAGAUAGCCACCUCAGACGUUAAACAUCAGAAUAUAGGACAGAGCUGCCAGCCGUCUGCUGUAUCCUCUGCCACCUCCUCUUCAGUAUCCCACAGCUCUGCCUACCCUUCCUCUUCAAUCUUGGGAAGGCACAUCUACUAUACAUCGCCUUUUUAUAGCAACUACACGAACUAUGGGAAUUUCAAUGCUCUCCAAAGCCAAGGGAUCCUGAGAUAUAACUCAGCCACCAUGACUACCAGUGAGGGACUAAAUCAAACUGUUUUAAGCAGCAACUCUCUACACAAACACACAAGCAAUGACUGUCUAAAAACUGCCAGCAGCCAGAUAGAUCAGCACUACAGGUCAGCCAGCUAUGACUCUAAAAAAGAUCCCACUGAAGUCUGCACAGUAGGAGUGCAGCCAUACCUAUAG